UGUGGACGGCUGCCGCGCCGGCUCUACUGCGGCCAUACGUUCUGCCAAGCUUGCCUGAAACGCCUUGACGCUGUUGCCAACGAGCAGCGCUGGAUCCCCUGCCCACAGUGCCGCCAAAAUACGCCCACACCACGCGGUGGUGUUGCCAUGCUCGACCUCGACCUGGCCACCUUCCUUGCUGUCAAGGCUGACAAGGAGCAUCCCCAGAUGGCCAGCAGGUCCCAACCCGACUUGGCCACCAAGGGCUUGUGCAAAGAGAAGGUGAUCACUCAGCAGCCGGUGGGGCUGUGCCAAGACGCGGACAACCCCUGGGUGUGCAGCUGCGGCAUCCUGCCCCUCUGGCGCUGGCUCAGCCGCAACAGGGAAAAAGUGCAAGGUGAGUACCUGGAGGACCGUGUCGCCAAGCCCCGUACCCACUGGCUUGUCACCCCGUCGGGACUGACGCAGGACCCGCCCCCCCGGGUAGCUUGCGUGGUCGGUGCCCGUGGGGAGAAGAGUUUGCUCCGCUGCAGAGUCCCGGAGCAGCUGAACAAGUAUCCGAUCAUGGCUUUCGGGAAUGAGUCCUUCAGGCAAUGUCAGGAGACCUCAUUGUCUGCCCAGCAAUACAUCGUCUUCUUGAUCAUUGGACCGUUCUCCUUCGUGGCCAGCAUUUUCUUCUGUACCUUCAUGGGCUCCACCAUAGUGGUUUAUCACAACCUGAGCAGGGAACCCCACUGCUGGAGGAGACCCCGCAACCGCAGGAGCCACCGAGGCAGAGUGACCAGGCUUUAG